CAUGCUCUCUAUUCUAUAUCUUACCGUGAAUCACUUCUCUGGAACCAUUCCAUCCUCUCUCUUCACCAUGCCUUCCUUAUCAAUUCUCGGUCUGAGAGAAAAUGAUCUCACCGGAUCUAUUGAAUUUCCUAACUCCUCUACCCCAUCUAGGCUCGAGUUCUUGUACCUUGGGAAUAACCAUUUUGCAGGAAAAAUCAUAGAGCCUAUCUCAAACCUCAUCAACCUCACACACCUAGACCUUUCUUUCCUAAACACAACCUAUCCAGUUGACUUAAACCUCUUCUCCUCUCUCAAAUCUUUGUUGCACCUUGAUCUUUCUGGUAACAGUAUAUCUCCAGCCAGUUUAGAUGAUACAAAUUUAGACAUCCCAAUAAACCCGGAGAUUUUGUUGUUACAAGGCUGCCGCAUCACUGAGUUCCCAAAUAUCUUAAAGAUCCUUGACAAGUUGGAGUUUAUAGACUUGUCCGACAACAUAAUCAAAGGCAAGGUCCCCGAGUGGUUAUGGAAGCUUCCUCGUCUAAACACAGUGUUUCUUUCAAAUAAUUCUUUUAAUGGUUUGGAAGGUCCAGUGGAUGUUUUGGUAAAUUCAUCUGUGAAGAAUUUAUUUAUGGAGCGAAACUAUUUUGAAGGAGCAGUUCCUAUUCUACCACUCUCUAUCAACGCCUUUUUUGCGUCAGGCAAUAGUUUCACAGGGAGCAUACCUCUUUCAAUCUGCAGCUAUAGAUCUCUCACGCAAUUGAUGCUAGGUUACAACAGCCUCACGGGUCCAAUCCCUCAAUGCUUGAGUAACUUUACAUUUGUGAAUCUUCGGAAGAACAACUUGGAAGGGAGUAUUCCUGACGCCUUUCAUAUCAGUUCUUCUCUACAAUCACUUGAUGUUGGACACAAUCUACUCACCGGGAAACUUCCAAGAUCUCUUCAAAAUUGCUCAUCUCUAGAGUUUCUAGUUGCUGACCACAACAUGAUUGAAGACACAUUUCCUUUCUGGCUCAAGGCUUUACCAAAUUUGCAAGUACUAAUCCUCAGUUCAAACAAAUUAUAUGGUUCGAUAUCUCCUCCUGGUCAAGGUCCUCUCGGGUUUCCAGAGAUUCGUAUAUUUGAUAUAUCUGAUAAUAAGUUUACUGGAAGCUUGCCACCAACAUACUUUGUCAACUGGAAAGCAUCGUCACUUAUGAUGAAUGAAGAUCGUGGUCUAUAUAUGGUAUACACAAAAAAGACUUAUGGGAUACUAUCCUAUAUCCAUAUAGAAACUAUAGAUUUGCAAUACAAAGGUCUACGCCAAACCCAAACGAGGGUUCUUACCUCAUAUGCCACUAUUGAUUUUUCUGGGAAUAGAAUUGAAGGACAGAUUCCUGAAUCAAUUGGUCUCUUGAAGGCACUGAUUGCACUCAACUUAUCAAAAAACGCCUUCACAGGCCAUAUUCCUCUGUCUAUUUCCAAUCUGGGAGAGCUCGAGUCACUAGACCUAUCAAGCAACCAACUCUCAGGGACUAUUCCUAGUGGAAUCGGGAGCCUCUCAUUUUUGGAGUACAUAAAUGUGUCUCGCAACCAGCUCAAGGGUGAAAUACCACAAGGAACACAGAUCAUUGGACAAACUCAAUCUUCAUUUGAAGGGAAUGCAGGGCUUUGUGGUCUCCCUCUCCAGGAAACUUGCUUUGGGACUAUUGCGCCACCGAGACAACAACCUCCGGAAGAAGAUAAAGAAGAGGAGGAACAAGUGUUGAACUGGAAAGGUGUGGGAAUAGGGUAUGGACCUGGAGUGUUGCUUGGAUUGGCAAUAGCACAAGCCAUUGGUUCAUACAAACCGGAGCGCUCGUCAAGAUAAUUUCAGUUUGAGUAUGAUCC